AUGAUAGUUAACCCUACAACGGAGUUUCUGCAGAUCCUCGUCGAGCCAAUUAGCGAGCCUAUAAUCGAACUUCGUAAGCUCAACGGCCUACACAAGAGGAAACAAGAACCGGGUACUUCACGAACCAGUCUACAUCAUAGAUAUCCGAAAAUUUGCUACACGACGAACCCCAAAAGACAGUUGAGUAUUGUUGAUUCCAAUUUUGGUCGGAAUUUCAACAGAAGCACCACUAAGGAAAGCAAAGGGGAAAAACAUAUUCGGAUGGACGAGCUUCAACGUACUCAUACCCACUCGAGCUCCAUAAGUUUGUGUAGGCUGUGUAGCGAUGAAGAAGUGAAAGAGGGUGGAGAAAGAAAAAAGAAGAAGAAGUCGGAUAAUAUCCUUGUCGCCCAGGAACUUAUUCACACCAUCAAACGAAAAGCAAGAGAGGGGUACGGUAUAAAAGAGACGAUCAAGGAAAAAAAAUCCGGUGAUCACAAAGGAGAAAAGGAUGAAUAUGAAGAGAAAAAUGCUGAAGGAGAAACUGAAGAGCACAAGAAAGGUUUCUUAGAGAAAAUGAAGGAGAAAAUCCCGGACGGCCACCACAAAUAG